AUGGCGUGUGUUGUUGUCCAUGCGGGUGCAGGAUACCAUUCAAAAUCUAAUGAGAAGAAGUAUAAUAGAUUAUGUUCUGAAGCUUGUUUAAUUGCCUCAGAGCUUCUGACUGUUGAACGUAAGCAUGCUGUGGAUGCUGUAGAGGCUGCUGUUGCCUACUUAGAAGACUACCCAUUGACCAAUGCAGGAAUCGGCAGUAAUCUAACUAUAAACGGGUUUGUUGAGUGCGACGCAGGAAUAAUGAGUGCUUCUGCGCGUCGGUUUGCUGGAGUUGGAGCCGUUCGAAAUAUACGAAAUCCCGUAAAAGUCGCACGACUUCUUCUGCAAUCACAGAUCGAUUGCCCUUUGGGCGAACUUGGACGUGUCCCGCCAUCUGUACUUGUCGGUGAUGGGGUUCAUCACUGGGCAGCUUCGAAAGGAUAUUCUAUUGAUAACUGUGAUCUCACCACGGAAGCUUCACAAUUAUCGUGGGAGAAGUACAGAAGCUGGCUAAGCUUCUAUGAACAGACAGGUGAAAAUGCGAACCCCACCCAUUCUACAUCUGAAGAUAGCUAUUUGUGUGAAUCCAAGAGAUCUCGCUUUGAUACCGUGGGUGCUGUAUGUGUUGACUUGGAAGGGAAUAUUGCUUCUGCGGUGUCUAGUGGUGGCAUCGCAAUGAAAUAUGAAGGUCGUGUCGGCCAGGCAUGCAUAUACGGGUGCGGUUGCUGGGCCGAAGAACUUAGCCCAUUCUCUCGAGUUGGUAUUACCACUUCUGGUACCGGUGAGCAGUUAGUAAGAACCCAGCUUGCUCAGCGUUCUGCCGAACGAUUCACUGGUUCGUCAGUCAGUGUUCCAGAUGCAGUUCAAUCAUCUCUCAUUGAUGGGUUUCUAAACUCGAAAUUUCUUUCAUCGGAUACAGAGAAGUCUGCUGGGAUAGCUGGAGUAUAUUCCAAUUUUGAAUGUGGGAAUCGUCCGGUUAUGGAGUUAACUCCUGAUUUCCAAUCUCAGCAUACAAUGAACAGCACCUAA